AUGCGAUCGACAGCCUACUCAGUCCUCGCGGCUGCUCUGCUCGCAACAGCGACAUCAGCAUUCAAGGACUCGUCUCCGCUCCUCAUCUGGUCAUCGAAUGACAAAGAGUCACUACGGGAAGCCCAGGAGGCUUUGACGUCGGGCGUGAUUGCGGCAGACGAGAUAUAUCGGACAUUACCCACAUUGGGAUGUGAAUGGGACCGGGUCGUGGUGGUGCACAUGGACGAGUUACAUCACUCUCACAUCCCAUCACUGAAGAUCGCGUCCGCUGCCGAUCUGCACGUUCCAUACCUGAUCAACCCGGAUCGACCAUCGCUGGACGGAGCGCUGGGGGAAUGGGCUCAAAUAUGCGGGGCUGAGAUCGUGUCGUCCGACUCAGGUGUGGAGGGCGGGAAGCAGAUCAUUCGGGUCGAGGGCGGCAAGUCUUCCUUGAACGGAGAAGCCCUCGCAACGUUCCCAUCCGCAGACCUCACAAUCCUCACCGGAACCCGCCCUGUUAAGCGUCAGCAGCCCGACGAGCUCGAACGCCCCUUACUCUCCGUCACUUCCUCCUCCUCCUCGGCACACCGCCGCCCCACCCACACCGCCUCGUCCUCCUCCACCGCCUCCCACCCUUCUUCCACGCACGGCAACUCCACCACCGUCUCCAAGGACGCGCCACUCUUGGACCGCGUCCAGCUCCUGACUACGCCAAUCAUCACAGCGCUGCUGAUCUCGCUGUUGAUCUUUGUGCCGGUGGUGAUGUUUGGCGUGUCGGCGCUGGCGGGCAUACAGGUCCCGCCGAGAAUGCUGGAGAUCGGGAAGGGGAUGACAGUCGGGAAGGACAAGAAGGACCAGUAG